ACUGUUAUAUUAUAUAAGUCUUCGAAAUUGGAAUGACCAAGUUCAAUUAAUCAGAAUUCAUAGUCGUGAAUCAAUAUCUGCAUGAUGCUCAAGUUUCGGUAUAUAUUGUCUAAAUCGAAAUCCAAAUUAAGCAGCACUCUUCUUGUUGUUCCGACUCGCACUUCAUCAUCCAAAUCGAACUCCAAUGCUUAUUAUUCCUUUUCUCGCCACUUAUAUUCGCAUUCCCGAAAUGCUUUCUCAUUUUCCAAUUCUAGGGUUCCGAACUUUCGGAGUUUCUGUACCGCACCGGAGAGGGACUCCAUCGAAUACGACGUCGUUAUCGUCGGAGCAGGACCCGCCGGCUUAUCGGCGGCGAUACGGUUAAAGCAAAUGUGCCGGGAAAAAAACUCUGAUUUGUCUGUGUGUGUCCUCGAGAAAGGUGCUGAAGUUGGUGCUCACAUUCUUUCUGGAAACGUUUUUGAACCCCGAGCACUGGAUGAGCUUCUCCCACAGUGGAAGCAGCAAGAGGCUCCGAUCACCACCCCUGUCUCUUCUGAUAAGUUUUGGUUUCUCACCAAGGAUCGUGCAAUUUCACUUCCAUGUCCUUUUAACAACAAAGGCAACUAUGUAAUAAGUCUAAGUCAGUUAGUACGUUGGAUGGGAGCCAAAGCCGAAGAGUUAGGAGUAGAAAUAUACCCAGGAUUUGCAGCUAGUGAGAUAUUGUAUGAUGCAAACAACAAAGUUAUUGGUAUUGGAACCAAUGACAUGGGAAUUUCAAAAGAUGGUUCGAAGAAGGAGAAUUUUCAGCGAGGCGUCGAGGUCAAAGGUCGCAUAACACUUCUGGCUGAGGGAUGUCGAGGAUCAUUAUCAGAGAAAAUAAUGAAAAAGUACAACCUGAGAGAGAAGGGAGGUGCAGAACAUCAGACAUAUGCUUUAGGAAUCAAAGAGGUUUGGGAAAUUGAUGAGGAAAAGCAUCAACCUGGUGCAGUAUUCCAUACGUUGGGAUGGCCCUUGGAUCAUAAAACAUAUGGAGGAUCUUUUCUGUAUCACAUGAAAGAUAAACAGAUAUCUAUAGGCUUUGUGGUUGCUUUGAACUAUCAGAACCCUUUCAUGAGUCCUUAUGAGGAAUUCCAGUUUUUUGCUCCUUCCUUCACUCUCCCUUGUGUCUUCUCUCUUGGUUCCCAGAAACUUAAGCAGCAUCCUGCAAUCAAACCAUUUCUGGAAGGUGGAACAGUUAUCCAGUAUGGAGCUCGCACUUUAAACGAAGGUGGUUUUCAGUCUAUCCCAUAUCCAGUUUUUCCUGGAGGAGCACUUAUUGGAUGUUCAGCUGGCUUCUUAAAUGUGCCUAAGAUAAAGGGAACUCACACAGCAAUGAAAUCAGGAAUGCUGGCAGCUGAAGUUACAUUUAGUGUGCUUAAUGAAGGUCUGGAUAUGGAUAUGUAUUGGGAUGCUUUGAGGAAUUCAUGGGUUUGGGAAGAACUAUAUAAAGCUCGAAACUAUCGACCAGCCUUUGAGUACGGGCUUAUUCCAGGACUGGCCUUAAGUGGUCUGGAACAUUACAUACUCAAGGGGAGGCAUUCAUUUACAUUGAAGCAUGGUAAACCUGAUCAUGAAGCAACAAAUGCUGCACAGUUGCAUUCUCCAAUUCACUAUCCAAAGGCUGAUGGUGUCUUGUCCUUUGAUGUAUCUACCUCUCUGCACAGGAGCAACACAAAUCAUGAGCACGAUCAACCUCCUCACCUUCGUUUGAGGGACCCAAAGAUUCCUGAACUUGUAAAUUUACCAGUGUUUGCCGCUCCUGAGUCACGAUAUUGUCCUGCACGAGUAUAUGAGUAUGUUGCAGAUGAGCAGAAUCAGCUGAAGUUGCAGAUUAAUGCACAAAACUGCUUACAUUGCAAGGCUUGUGAUAUCAAAGAUCCGAAGCAAAACAUAGAGUGGACAGUGCCUGAAGGAGGUGGAGGCCCGGGAUACUCAGUCAUGUAGAUCCAGAAGUCAGUGACAGUAUUGUCCCCCGCUAAUUACGACAUCUUUAAUGUUGACACGUUUUCCCUGACUAAAACAUUUGAAUUAUUACGUCUGCCCCUAAACUUUUACCCCGAAAAAAAUAAAAUACAUUUUGUAGUAAUAAUUUAGGCCGUCAUCGGGGGGAAAAGCAGUCCCAAUCUCGAUCAUGUCUACCAAAACAAGAAUGCUACAGGAAAAAAUAUUUGUGGAAUUAUGGGGUUUCAUGU